AUGCGCGCCUGGCUGCUUGUGUGUGCGGCGCUCGCGCUCGCGCCGGGCCGGCCGCGCGCCGCCAGCGCCACGCCCGCCGCGACCGCCGCGCCCCCUGCGCCACCUGCGCACACGGCGCACACGGCGCACUCGACUCACACAGCGCAUACAGCGCACACUUCGCACUUAGCGACCAUUACGCACACUACGCACGACUCGCAGACUGCGCACUCCGCGCACCAAGCGCACUCUGCGCACUCAGAACACAGUGCGCACCCGCACACCCUCGCGGAUCCCGCGCGACUCGACCACAUCAAGACACAAAUACUCGCAAAGCUGGGGCUGCGCACGAGACCGCGGCCGCUGGGCGCGCCGCCACGGGACGUGGUGCGGCAAAUCCUGGCGCGCGCCGCCGACACGCACACGGAGCGCCCACCAGAAGAAGACCACAGUAUGCGAGAGAUCAUCGCUAUUGCACAUAGAGGUUUGAACAUCCUGCAAACAAUACAACAAACAAAAGUUCACAAAUCAAGUUGAUAAAGGUUACACCCAUCUUGGUAUACUUGCUAACACUAUAUUUGAUCUGGCACAAUUUUCAUUGAAUUUUGUACCUAAUAUUAAUCAAGUUCUGUCUACAGAUAGUGGCUGAAUAAAAUCAGAAAUACUAAUAACCUCACCCAGUUUAGUCAUUAUAUUUCAAUCUUCGAUAAAUUUCGUAACUUCAUCUAAUUUCUUGAUUAAAUAAUUACUGAGAUUUACUUAAUAUAUCUUCUUUAGUCAACGUUUUCAUCAAACAACGUAAAUUAAUAGACCGUGAGACUCUAUUUAAAUCCCCAUUCGCCUACAAUUCCUUACUAUAGUUCAUUAUCAGAUAAUUUAUUUUACUGAUGACCGUUUUAAAUUAUCAUAUGUUCGUAU